GCAGUCCGCGCGCUCGCGCUGUUGCCUUGGAAACCAGCCUAGGCGGGCGCCCGGCGGGCCUCUGGACCAAGCUCAGACUUAGGACCGCACACGCCGCGCUCAGGCCAGCUUCCCGUCCUCAGCCGGACGCGUGCGGGCUGGGGCCACCUGCCUCUGAACUCACCCCAUGGUUACCCCUGUAGGAAAUGGGUGUCGCCUCUUCCUGCAGCGUCAGGCUCCACUCCGCCUCAAAGAUGAUAUAAGUGAUCCUCUGUGCAAUGCGGUUGGAUGGAAACAGCCCUCUCGCUGCUGUUCAGAUGUGCACUUCCUGUACUUCUUCAAGGACCUGUGCUAAGGGCAUGAUGAAAAUGAACUCACUUCUUGCCUUCCUAGAGCGAGUAGACUAACAGGGAAGAUAAAUGCUAUCCCAUUUUUAUCAGCUUUCCUCCAGUUUACCCUGAAUUAUACGUGAAAAUGAAAUACAUUGCCAAGAAAUGUGGAGUUAGGUUCCAGCCCCCAGCUAUCAUCUUAAUUUAUGACAAUGAAACCGAGGGGAAGAGUCGCCAGCGUAUCAUGCCAGUCCGAAACUUCUCCAAGUUCUCAGAUUGCACCAGAGCUGCUGAACAAUUAAAGAAUAACCCACGGCACAAGAAUUACCUAGAACUGGUGUCCCUGAAGCAGCUGGAGAAGCUGUUUGUUUUUUUACGAGGUUACUUGCAGGGGCAGAGCUUGGCAGAAACGAAGGAACAAAUUCAACGGGAAACGACCAUUGACCCCGAGGAAGACCUGAACAAACUAGAUGACAAGGAGCUCGCCAAAAGGAAGAGCAUCAUGGAUGAACUUUUUGAGAAAAAUCAGAAGAGAAAGGAUGACCCCAGUUUUGUGUAUGACGUUGAAGUUGAGUUCCCUCAGGAUGAACAGCUGCUGUCCUGCAGCUGGGACACCGAGUCAGCCGAUGAGUUCUGAGACCUGCUGAUCCAUGUCUCCACAAAGAACAAGGACUGGCCCUAGAAAAUCUGUAAACACGAAGGUACAUAUAAAACCAAGAGACUCAUGUGUGCUGCGUAGGCCUGUGAGGAACAACAGCAACAACAAACAGUAUAGGAAUGCCAUUUAAGGAGUUGGCAAUCUAAAAGGAAAGUAACUCAAAAACUUGUAAAAAGAUAUUUGAAUAAUAUUACUCAGAAACGAGAUUAGAAUCAGAUUUUCAAUGAAGGCUGACAUAGCAAGGAAGGUUUUCCCUCAGCAGAAAGGGACCUGAGCAUGGCCCUGGAAUGCUACAGGUGGUUUUGUAGAUGAAGCAAAGGGGGAGGGUGUAGUAAAGAGACAGGACAUGAAAAUUUGGAGAAAGAGUGAAUAAUUAUAGUUUGGCAAGAUUGAGAUUAACCUGUGUUCAUUAUGUCUCUAUGGGUAUUUAACUCUCGGGUAGACAAAAACACCUGCAAAGUGCUUCACAGCUACAAGUGCAUGCAGACUGAGAGACAAAGGCAAUUGUGUCCCUCCACGCUCAGGAAAUGUUACUGUGAAACCCAGAACCACUUCCUGUGAGAGGCUGGUUUAGACAGUGGGAAGCUACCCACUGUGAGUGAGCACUAGGUCUUCUUGUUCAGACCUGCACAGUUGAAAUGUACAGUGAUCUCCAUCUAACAAGGCCACCGUGCGCAGAUGGUUUGUUCUUGCUAGAAUAUUAACUGAUUGAUAGAAAUCAUAUGUUUUCUACAAGGAAGCUAUUAUUCAUUGAAUAAAGCUAUAACUGUGAGUGUUAA